CACCUGCUCACCCCCGCUUCACCGAGCAGGCCCGCGGCGCGCCGGGGGGGCCCGCAGCGCACUCUCCCGCCCACCAGCCCGAGCCGUUUCUGGCCCCGCGGGCCCUCGGGUGGCCCGGCCCUGCGGCCGCUGGGCCGCAGCCGGUAGCUGGCGGCGGGCGCGGCCCAGGUCGGCGAUGCGCGAGGAGCUCAGCGAGUACCUCAGCGUCGGGGGGACCACGGUGGCCAGUGCUAUCGGCAAGGUCGAAGCGGAGUUGGAGAGGUGGCAGUGCGGCGCGUAUUCCCACAUCACGAGGGCAACCUCUGUGACUAGUGGCAGGAUAAUCCACCUCGAGACGAUCUUCUCCCAGCCAUGCCAGAGCAAGCCCGUGCCCGUGGCCGUCGCCCUGGUGCACUUUUUCCUCGACGUGGCCACCGACGACCUCACGUACCAGUUCGAGGAGGAGCACGUGCAGCACGAGGUGGGGGGCAUGUCCCUGGCCGAGGGCCAGUUCCACGGGUGGCUGGACCGCAUCAUAGGCGACAAGCUGGAGGUGCGGCGGCUCCACGACCUCGCCACGCCCUUCGAGCGCACGCGGCUGGUGCCGCCCCCGGAGCACCGAGGGGAAGAGGCGGAGGAGGAGACCGAGGAGCCGCCGGCGGAGCGGGAGCGGCCGCCGCGGGAGCUGGCCCCGCCGGGGCCCCUCUCGCGCCCGGUGAUGCGGGUCGUGCCGCCCGCGGGCGCCGAGGGCGAGGACGACGGCGGCGGGCUGCCCCUCAGCAGCAUGCUGGAGAACAUCUUCGAUGCCGCCGACGAGGAGGAAGAGCUCGAGCUCACGCACAAGGAGGUCGCCGACCUGCUAUACGCGACCCCCCUCGGCCUCGCCGACUGGGACGUGAAGCUGCUGCUGACCACGGCGACCGAGCUCGAGACAGGAAAGAUUCAGUACAAGCCCUUCGUGAAGGCGGCUCCUGCGAUCGUCGAGGCGCUGCUCAAGAGGCGCGCGGCCUUUGAGGAAAGGACCCGCGGGGCCACGCCGGCGACCAUGGAGGCCAUCGAGCUGUGCUACCAGGAGGAGAUCGAGGAAGUCGCCCGCGCAGCACGGGACGCGUUCGUGUCCCGGGACACCGGCGGGCUGGGGGCUCUGCCGCGCCACGAGUUCAGGACGUGCCUCGGCCAGCGCGGGGACCGCUUCUCGGCGCAGGAGGUGGAGAUGCUGAUGCAGAUGUGCAAGGAGAAUGACGAGGGCAUGGUAGGAUACGAGGACAUAUCCUCCUUGCUGAUGCAGCUGAGAAUGGAUGCUCUACACAACGCGGCUGUCGAGACUGACGUUCAGUCGCUCAUGAUCCACCUCAUCAGGCUCUGCCAAAAAGAAGGCAUGGGCUCGGACAAUAUAUUGUACAUCUGGGAGCUGAGGAAUGUGCUUACUCGAGCGGACCAGGUGUGCCUGUCGCGCAUGCAGAUCCACGUGAUUCUCAUGAUCAUCCACCCCAACGAGAGUGGUGAGGUGGACGUGGAGUAUUUUCUGCGCGUUUGCUGCACGGUCAUUCCGUAUAUGUUCGACACAACCGCGUUCGGUGAGAUGGCCGCGCAGAUCCAGAAAGACAAGCAGGACGCCAUCGCGAAGCAGGAGCUGGAGGAGCUCCAAGGCUUCGCGGGAAGCAGCAUGGUGAACACCAAGAAGCGCCCUGAGGACGAGCUCGAACAGGAGGAUCAGCAGACCAACGCGCCGGACAAAGAUUCUGUUGAGAAGGAUCUGAUGCAGAAGGCCAACGCGGAUCCGUUCCCGACCGCGGGGAGGCUCAUGAACCUGCUGCGCAGCGAGUCCCUGCAGCACCUGCAGCUCUCUGACGCCGAGCUUCGCGGUCUCAUCGCGGAGAUCCGAUUUGUCUCGGAGGCGGACAUCGUCGAGCAGGGCAAGGAAAAGGUGCGGGGGGACAAGAUCGCGUUUGCCGAUCACAUAAAGACGUGGGUGCCCAUCAUGUUCGAGCUGCGGAAAGCCAGGAUCUACGAGCCAGUCCUGACCAAGGACUGGGGCAUGGACGCAGGCCACCUGGUCGACAUCAACGCGCUCGGGGCGCGUGACUGGCUUCGGAUCGACCACUCCGACGACGAUGCGCGCUCAGAGAGGAGCACCAGCUCGCGUCUUAGGAGGAGGCCGAGCUGGGACAAGAGGCCUACCAGGGACAGGCUAUAGUGGGUUGGAACAUGACACGACCUCGCGCAGUCGUGGGAGUGACGGCUCGGUGUCCGGACCGCGAGGCCACAGCACACGGCAGAGCUCGGGGACACGCCCGACCUAAUGCUCGCCGCCCGCGAGCAGGCUCGGACGCAGCGGCAGGCAGGGCACCAAGGGCGCGCGCAGGCAGGGCACCAAGACCCUCUCCCGCUCGAGCAGCAGGGCCAGCCUGGGCCAGGCCGAGGACAGCGACGACUCGGGCACGAGCGGCGCCAGCAGCGUCAGCCGUGCCAGCGCGAGGAGCGGUGCUGGCAUGCGGCCCUCCUCCCGCCAGAGGUUGGUGUCGAAGCCUCUCGCAAGGACCACUGGCCGGGCGGGCACCAAGUCCCGGUGAGGCCUCUCGUUGCCAGCGUCAGGGCUCGCUGGGGCACUGGGCCCGUUGGGACGUGGAGGAGGGGG